UUAGUUACUCGCGCAACGUCAAAGUAUACGGUACACUACGCUUAGCUUAAAGAAAAGCUUCUAUACUCUCCAUACGUUUUGUAGAAAAAUAUUUUCGGUCAAUAGAGAACAAUGGCUGCUAACAAAUUGAGCUGCACUUUGGCGAUCGGUGCCUUGCUGUGCCUGGGCUUGGUGGUUCUCAUUCAAGCGCAGGAUAAGCCAGUGACUGAUGUAUGCCUGGGUUGCAUCUGCGAGGCCAUCAGUGGCUGCAAUCAGACCAACUAUUGCGGCGCCGGAGUCUGUGGACUGUUUCGCAUUACCUGGGCCUACUGGGCGGAUGGCGGCAAGCUGACGCUAGGCAACGAUAGUCCUCAGUCCGAGCAGGCAUUUUCCAACUGCGUCAACGAUCCCUACUGCGCUGCCAAUACCAUACAGAACUAUAUGGUCAAGUUUGGUCAGGACUGCAAUGGCGAUGGACGUGUCGAUUGCUUUGAUUAUGCCGCCAUUCAUAAGCUGGGCGGCUAUGGCUGCACUGGUGAGCUGAGCUAUCAGUAUCAAACGGUGCUGGAUAAGUGUCUGAACACCUUCGGCAAUAGCAAUGGCAUUGAUGUGCGUACUACCGGUUAAAGCAACGCGUAGCGUAUGAGCAAUUUUAUAUCUUUAUUCUAUAUGUAUUUUUUAUUAUUAUUUAUGUGCGAUUUUUGAGUUGGAAUAUGCAUUUGUUUGAA